AUGAUUCAUUCCAACGAGCCACUGCCCUACGCUAUCGAAUAUGCAAAGUCUGGCCGGUCGACUUGUAAAACAUGCAAAAAGAAUAUCGCGUUGGAUCAAUUGAGAAUGUCAAUGAAUCGCCCGUCAACAUUCUUCGAUGGAAACAUGGAUUCGUGGUUUCAUUACAAUUGCUUCUGGAAUAAAAUGAUUCGCGGCCGAGAUGACAUCAAUAUAAGCUCAAUCCGAGGAGUCGAUUGGCUUCGCUGGGAAGAUCAGGAAAAGCUUCGCCAGGAAAUUCAACACUUUAAAACCGCAUCGCCACCGACUCUGACACCCCUGUUCUCUACCACUACCGUCAUUUUGUCCACAAUAAAAACCGAAAAAUCGUUGUCAAAUCGUGGGAAAUGUGGAAAAUGCGGCCAAAAUUUCGAGCGCGGCGAAAUCAAGGCUCAUAACAAGGGAAAAGCCAACCAUUUCGAGUGUUUUCUGCAGGAAUUUGAUAAAAUUUCCGGCACCGUUGAGGAUAUUCCUGGCUGGGCGGAUUAUGAGGCGAACUUUAAAAUUAAGGCGACUGGGGAGUAUGUGGAGGCUUUAGCUGCAAAAGGGGGAUCCACGGAGCCAGCUACCCCGGCUUCUGCCUCUCCAACACCACCAGAAGCUGAAACUCCAGUUUUAUCUGCAGAAGGAUCCCCGGAAAGCUCCAAUAAACGUCCGGCAAGCGCUGAAAUCAUUGAAAUCGACGGUGAAGGGAAUCCAGAUGAGAAUGAUUUUGCGAAGAAAAGACGAAUGAAGAAGGAAGCAAGAUUGAUGGAGGUUCAGAAGAAGCGAAUGAAGAAACAAUCCGAUCUUCUCUGGGAAUACCGCCAGAUCUUCGAAAGAAUGCCGUACACCGACAACAUUUCUAUAUUACGAGAAAACGAGCAAGACAUUCCAGAAGGACACGAUCGUACUGCACAAGAUGUUUUCCACGAAAAAACGAAGAACGAUUGGAUUUAUAGAAAACAUUUCCGCAAAAUGCCCGGAAUGUUCAGCUACGUGGAGACGGAUUACUCGGAAUUUGUGGGCACAAAUAACGGACACAAAAAAAAAAUCACUCCAGGAUCAAAAAUCACUCCAGGAUCAAAAACUCUACUUCCAAAAUCUGUAAAAGAAGUUGUAAUGUCAAUUUUCGACGUUGAAAACAUGAAAUCUGCAUUAAAAUCGUUUGAAAUAGAUGUGAACAAAAUGCCGCUUGGAAGAUUAUCACAUAAUCAAAUCAAUUUGGCUUUUGAAGUUCUCAAUGAUAUUAGUGAUUUGCUUGUCAAGCUGCCCAUUGAUGCUUCAAAAAUUUUGGAUUUUAGUAACAAGUUCUACACGAUUAUUCCGCAUAAUUUUGGAAUGCGGGUGCCCGAGCCGAUUGAUAGUUUUCAUAAAAUUAAGGUAGAAAAUUUAUGGAAAAUCAAGAAAAAAGAGAAAAACAACAUGCUCAACGCCCUUCUCGACAUCAAAUUCGCGUAUGAUCAAAUCAGCGGUGGAGAUGUUCCAGCAUCAACGUCAUUGAGUAUUGAUCCAGUUGAUAUUAAUUAUCGAAAAUUGAAAUGUAUUAUGGAACCACUACAACAAGGCUGUGAUGAUUGGAAUAUGAUUCAUCAAUAUUUGAAGAAUACUCACGGAGCCACUCAUGAUUUGAAAGUCGAGCUGAUUGAUAUUCUAAAAGUGAACCGAGACAAUGAAUCGUCGAAAUUCAAACGACACAUCGGAAAUCGACGUCUUUUGUGGCACGGAUCAGGAAAAAUGAAUUUCGCCGGAAUUUUGGGUCAAGGACUUCGAAUUGCGCCACCGGAGGCUCCAGUUUCUGGAUAUAUGUUCGGAAAGGGCGUCUAUUUUGCUGAUAUGUUCAGCAAAAGUUUCUUCUAUUGCAGGGCCAACGCCAAAGAAGAAGCAUAUCUUCUGCUCUGUGACGUGGCACUCGGCAACGUGCAACAGUUGAUGGCUUCGAAGAAUGUUUCGAGACAAACUCUGCCAGCAGGCUUCCAGUCUGUGCAGGGAGUAGGCCGCCAAUGUCCACGAGAAAUUGGAAGUUACAAGAAUCCGGAUGGUUAUACCGUUCCACUGGGCCUCACUUACAUGCAACUUCAAGGAAAACAGAAUGUCGAUUAUCACUUGCUUUAUAAUGAAUUCAUUGUGUAUGAUGUCGAUCAAAUUCAGCUCAAGUAUCUCGUCCGUGUCAAAAUGCACCAUGCUCGUCAUCUUUAA